UUGUCGAGAAGACUGAGAAGAGUCAAUUACCCGUACCCCGGUGACUCUGGCCUCGUCAACGAAUGUCCAAUCCAAAAUGGAUAUCUCAAACCAGAAAGGGAAAUCGAGACGGUCACUUCUGACAUUACGAGAGGCCAGACCAGAAUUAAUUAAUAGCGCGAGGGAGAGUAGUUCUUCCAUAAGCUGCAUUUUUCCGUGCUACAGAACAGGCCAUCAGCCUGAAGACGCAGUUCUCGUAAAAGAUAUCGGAAUAUCCUGUGAAAUUUUGAAAGGUAAACCACCGGGGCUCAAUGAAAAAUCCUCCAUUGAGUACAUUUUCACUCGAAGGAUAAAGGCAGAAUACAACGAGCUAUCAGUCGUCACCUCGAAGCUCACCUCUUACACAAAGAACAUGAUAAAAAAUAUUCACAGCAAGAAGAAUAUGAAAUUCAAGCCAUCCGAGAGUCAUGUCAAGAGAGGAGAAGCACCAUUGGCAGAGGAAUACUUGGAUGAAAACGGCAGGGCAUGCCUCAAGCUGAGAUUGCAGAGUCCGCUGAAUAAAUGACAAGUUACCAAGAAAUUAUUCACAGUCACAUAUCAAAGGAGUGUAAAAAUAAAACCACGUCAAAGACAAAGCUUUCAACUUAAAUCCUCUGUGACAAAAGAUCGAUAGAGUGAGACAGUGUGAAAAUUUGAAUAAAAAAUGAAGGAGUCAUCGGCAUCUGUAUUCUUUGGACUUGACCAACCCGACAUGGCAAACACAACGGCGCCUCCUCCGUCAUGGGAUCGAUCAUCGACUGUCAUUUGGCUGGCAAGCCAAAUCCUCGUCCUCGUGCCGGUACCCAAAACAAGUCAAAAUAUCUAAAAAUUAUUCGUCAUGGAAUAAAAAUAUUAGUUGAUCAAUAACCAUUCCCAGUAUUCGUAUUUUUAUUUUCAAAUAUUGCGGAGGUUUCAUCACUUCAGAUUGGAAUUCGUCGGCUGAUUCCAAUUUUUUAAGGUUAUCCCCAGUGUUUGUUAUCAAGAUUUUCUUUAUUUGCCAUUUUUGGGAUUUUGAAGGGAAAAAUGUGGCAGGAAAUCCACGUGGAAAAGGAAAUUUUCAUGGUGUCAAGUGAGUUGAUGGACGACAAGUGGAAAAUACUGUUGACGAAUUUAGUUGAACUUUGGUUUGAAGAUAUUUCGCGGGAGGAGAUUGUUGACAAGUGUCAGAGAUUAAAUCCGUUAUUGAGCAUAGAAGACGUGAAUAUAGACGAAAUAAUGGCUGGAGUACUGAGUAACAUUGUUAAGCUUGCAGUCCAAGUGACCAAAUGGAAAAUAAAAUUAGAGACAACAGUAGAGGGUGGAGUAUUUAAAUUUGAAAUUAAUCUCGUGAAGAGUAGUCCCCAGCAAUUGUGGCAAGAGAUAACGAUGCCCCUUUGUCUCUCAGUCGGAGAGCUUAAGCGGCAAAAGGAGAUGCUGAUCAAGGAAUUAAAAAGAAAAGACGAGGAGAUAAUGGAGUACAAAGCUAAUGGAGCUGAAUUGAUCAGAAAACACAUUCAAACAUUACCUUUCAAUGAACACGCACUCGAAGGAGAUCUUUCCGGAGACAGUCCCCAACGCUGUCUCGACAUUUUCAAAGAAGCUGUGACCUCAAGACCACAGCGACCUGCAGCAAGUGCCCCUCAUUCGUCUGUUCCAAUCAUAAGCAAGUCUUUUGUAUAAAAUGUGUAUUAGUCCCCUCGAGUAGAUAAUAAAUCUCUGUGAACAUAGUUGAAGGUGUCUUUGACGUCGAUUAUACUGAUUCAGG